AUGACAGAACUCGGCCCCUUUCGCGUGAAUCCAGACGGCAAAACUCUCUGGCACAACAAAAAUUCAUGGAACAUUCCUUAUGUUGUAAUUAAAAAAAAUGCAGUGGCAAAUGUGAUAUUCUUGGAAUCUCCGGCUGGUGUUGGAUUUUCUUAUUCCAAUACGUCAUCAGAUUACAUUACUGGAGACAGAAAAACAGCAGCAGAUGCUUACACUUUUUUGGUUAAUUGGUUGAAAAGAUUUCCAGACUACAAACAUCGAGACUUUUACAUCGCGGGAGAGAGUUAUGCCGGUCAUUAUGUGCCUCAGCUAGCUGACCUAAUCCUGAAAAACAACGAAAUCGCAAACAAAACUGUCAUUAACUUAAAAGGAAUAGCUAUUGGCAAUGCAUAUAUUGACAUUGAGGAUCAGAACAAAGGGGUGUAUGACUAUUACUGGACACAUGCUCUAAUAUCGGACGAAAUACAUAAAGGGCUUAUCGAGAACUGCAAUUUUUCUUCGGGGGGCCCACAAACAGAACUCUGCCGUGGUUUCAGAAAACAGGCGAGAGAGGCUAAAGGGAAUGUCUUCGACUAUGACAUUUAUGCCCCUUUAUGUUCUACAACAUCCUCAAACACUCCUUCGGUACAUUGUUCAUCAUACAUAUAAUUCCUGCACAAUAAAAAAAAAA